UCCCAGUUAUUUUAAUGCAAUACUUCAAGUUUCACUUUCAAGAAUUCUCUCAGCAUGUUCUCUCUGUCUUUCUGAUGGUAAAAUAUCAUCUGAUGGGCAAAAGUUUAUAUCAAAAUUUUUAAAUCACCUGUACUUGUGAGAAGACAAAAUUCAGAAAAAUGUCUAGGAUUGAGAAGAUGUCAAUCCAAGGGAUCCGGAGUUUUGGCCCUGAUGACUCAGACAAAGGAAUAAUAAGUUUCUUCAUGCCACUGACUCUUAUUCUUGGUCCCAAUGGAACAGGGAAAACGACAAUAAUUGAAUGUCUGAAGUACAUGACAACUGGGGUUAUGCCCCCUGGUAGUAAAGGUGGCGCUUUUAUUCACGACCCCAAAGUAGCCCAUGAGCGUCAGGUCAAGGCUCAGAUUCGCCUACAGUUCCGUGAUGUCACCAACAACCGUAUGGUCAUACAACGAAUCAUGGAGGCCACUCAGAAGUUGAAGAAGAUAGAGAUGAAGACAUUAGAUGGAGUUAUCACACGCUAUGAUGUUAACGGUGAAAAAAAGAGCAUCGGUUCCAAGUGUGCUGAAAUAGAUAGGGAGAUGAUUACAUCUCUUGGAGUGUCUAAGCCUGUUCUGGAAAAUGUCAUCUUUUGUCACCAAGAGGAUUCCAACUGGCCACUGAGUGAAGGGAAAGCCCUGAAGGAGAAAUUUGAUGCCAUAUUUGCCUCCACUCGAUACGUAAAAGCUCUAGAAACAAUCAGGAAGGUUAAGCAGAUGCAGGACCAGGAACUAAAGCUAUACAAACAGGAAGUGACCCACCUUAAACAACUCAAGGACAAAUCAGAACAGCUGGAAGCUGACAAAAAUGAACGUGAAACAAAGAUGAUGGUGUGUCGAGAGUCUGUGGAGAAGAUUGAGUCCAAGCUCCGCCCUGUCAUUGAAAAGCUGGAUCAGAUCGGAAAUCAGUCGGACAAGAUUUACAAAAUACAAACCAGCAUAGAGAAACAUAGAAGUGAAAUGAAUAUGAUGGAAAACUCAGCAACAGAGCUCCGUGGGCAGAUAAAGAACGAGUUUCAAGGUUCCGUUGAGGAGUUACAGAAGAAGAUUGCUGAAUUUGGGAACAUGGUACAAGAGAGACAAGAGACAAUGGAACAGUUUCAAAUGCUGCAGAGAGAACUGAACAAGGAGCUGGAGAAACUGGGACAGGAGAAAGGAAACUUGUUGAUGGAGGUUGGCAAGCUGGAACAAGAAUCAGAGAGGUAUAAGGAAAAUAUGAAGAGAAGGGAUAAUGAGAUAAAGAAAUUGUCCACAAAGUACGAUAUUGAAGGGUACAGUCGGGGAAGUCUUAGUGAUGAACAGUACGAAGCCUUCAUGGACCUCAUCAGGGGCAAAAUAGAGACCCUUCUGGAGGACGGGAAGAAAGUAAAAAUGGAGUUUGAGGACAAAGAUGCCAACAUGCAGCAAAAACUGGAUGAUGUUCGAGACAAGAAAACAAAGCUGGAGCAGAAUGAGCGACUGAAGAGGGAUUUAAUGACGGAGAACACUCAGAAGAUUAAACAGCUGAACAAGAAGCUGAGCGAGGUCGAGGCUUCCGCCGGGAGGAGGGACCAGAUAACUCGUGACCUCAAGCGAGCAGAAUUUGAACUUAGCAAAGCAGAAAAAACAGUAGAUGUAAACAAAGUGAAACAGGAAAUUGAAUCACUCUCCAAAGAGAAGUCCAAACUGGAUGCCAACAUUAGUGAACUCAGUUCGGAGAUGAAUCGCCUCCACUUGCAGUCCAGUGCCAGGGCCCAGCUAGACGUGCUGAAGAAAGACAAGGUGACCAAAGAGGAGCAGAUCCGUAGACUGCGCGCCAAACAGGAGGACACACUGACCUACUUACUGGGACACAUGCCUGUGAGGAAUGUUCGGGGAGAACUUGAUGAGUAUAUAGGGAAGCAGACUGAAUCUGUGAAACGUUUGAAUCAGGAAAUACAGAAAAGCAAGAGUGCUCUUUCCAGUAGAGAGGCAGAGAAAAAAAUGAUUGGGGAGACUCUAAAGAAAAAAGAAGAAGAAUUAAAAAAUGUGGAGGAAAAAAUCUUUUCGGUGUGUGGAAGUCAGAAUUUUGAUGAUGGUCUGUCUUCAUUGCAAGAGAAAAUGUCCUCAGCUCAAGAUCAGAGAGGAUCCCUGUUGGGGGCUGAACAUUUUUUUCAGAAGUAUGUCAACGACCUUGAGAAGCAGGAGCCAUGCUGUCCUCUAUGUCAUCGAGAAUUCGACACUGACCAAGAGGUCAAGGAGCUGAUUAUUGAGCUUAAGAAUAAGCUUCGUAUGGUACCAAGCAAAUUACUGAAGACUGAAAAAGACCUAGACGAAUUCCGAACAAAGUAUGAUGCUAUGAUGCAGCUGAAGCCGCUUAAAGAAAAUAUUACAACUCUAGAAGAUAAAGAGGUCCCAGAGCUGAAGAACAAGUUGAAAAAAAUCAAUGAAGACAUUACUAAACUGAGAGAAGACAUUCAAACAAAAGAGGAGGAUCUUCACACCCAGGAGCAAGACGAUGAGUCGGCAAAACAGAUACAGCCAGACAUUGUGAUGAUGGACAGGUACCAAGGGGAGGUAACUGAGUUGGAAAAGAAAAUCUCAACAGAGGGCGCUAAACUGUCAGGGGGAGACUCUGAUAGAACUCUACAAGAUGUUAUAAAUGAAAAAGAAGAUUUACAAUUAAAAGUAGACUCCUCUAACAAGCAGCUGGAUAGUCUGAGGCAGAAAAUCAACCUACAUACAGAGGAAGUGCAGCGUUUGAAAUCCGAAGUGAACCAACUGACGUCAGAAAAGCUUCAGAUUGACAGUGAUUUACAGCAGCGAAAUAAGCUGGAGGAGGACAAGGCGAAGUUUCUCAGUGAGAACGACCAGUACAACAAGGAAAUCACGGAGUCAAAGGAUCAGAUUAAACCAUUACAGAAUCAGCUGGAGAAAUUGAAGAGAGAAAAAGAUAAGAUUCUACAGGAAAAGGAAGAACAAAUGGAACACAUGAAGAAUGAGGUGGACAAAGUGAAGAAUGAUACAGCAAAAGUGAAAAAUGUCAACCUGGAAAUCAAAAAUUACAACCAAUCGGGGAAGGCAGAACUGUUAGUGGAGAACAAAAAACGCCUGACUCAGAUCGAGGAGAAAGCCGCCGAAAAAGAGGAAGAAUCCAAAGACUACACCGCAAGUUUGAACAAACUGAGGGAUGAGCUCGCAAAGAAUGCGGAGAGGGAGAGAGAAUUGACAGAUAACCUAAGACUUCGCCGACAUUUACAAGACAUUGAGAAGAAGAAAGAGAACAUAGCCAAGCUGGAGAGUGAGCUGGGCGGGAUCGAUGCUAAACAUCUGGAGCGAGAGAGACGUCGAUUAAUGGCAGAGCAGCAGGACCUUCUCAAAGAGAAACAAUUGUCGGAGAACAGAAGGAUGGCUUUAAAUGGUGAGCUGUCCAGUCUCCUUAGUGAGCUCAAGUCAGACAUGUACAAGAAUGCAAGCACCAAGUUCAGGGACAAGAUGAUCGUCCUGAAAACUACAGAGUUGGCAAGCAGUGACCUGGAGAAAUAUUACAAAGCACUUGAUAAAGCUAUAAUGAGUUACCAUAAUAUGAAGAUGGAUGAAAUCAACAAGAUCAUCCGAGAGCUGUGGAGGAACACUUAUAAAGGAAAUGAUAUAGAAACAAUAGAGAUUCGUUCUGAUGAGGAUGAGGCAGGGCUGAUGAAGGCCCGUCGGACAUACAACUACAGGGUCGUGAUGAUUAAGGGGGACACAGCCCUUGAUAUGAGGGGGCGCUGCAGUGCUGGUCAAAAGGUGCUUGCAUCACUUAUUAUACGAAUGGCUCUAGCAGAGACAUUCUGUCUGAAUUGUGGGAUCUUGGCCCUUGAUGAACCGACAACUAACUUGGACCGAGAAAACAUUGAGAGUUUGGCUCUUGCACUCGUAGAAAUUAUCAAGUCGCGAUCCAGUCAGAAAAACUUCCAACUGGUGGUCAUCACCCACGAUGAGGAUUUUGUCGAGUUGUUGGGACGGUCAGACUAUGUGGAUGAAUUCUGGAAAGUUCGAAAAGAUGCCAAUGCUUGUUCAAAGUUGGUAAAAGCGAGAGUGGAGGAUCUACAUAGUCGGUGAAGGAUGUAAUCCAUGGACACCCGCCUUGCCAUACUAGCUGUUAUUGUUAAUUGGUUAUUGUUAAUUAAAUAUAUAGAAGAAAAAUUGUU